GAAAAUUUAUUCAAAAUGUUUUUUAACAUAAAAGUAUUGUUAGCUUUAUUGUUGUGUUUUGUGCAAAUAUGUUUUAGUGCGAGAAUAUUAAUUUUGUGUCCGGCACCAUCGUUAAGUCAUCAUUUAUUUUAUCGACCCAUCAUUAAAGAACUGUCGAAACGUGGACAUGAAGUCGUUUCAAUUACUUCAGAUCCUAUAAAUGAUAAAACUUUAAAAACCUUAACUGAGAUUGAUAUUCAUAAUGAAACCUACGGUGCUUUUGACGUUUCUAAGUUUUUAGAAGAUGGAAAAAAACGUAAACCUGGUCCUGUUAAUACAAUACGAAAUUUUUUACCAAAUUUCAUCGAACUAUCUGACAAUGUUUUAAAUUCUCCGAAAGUAAAAGAGCUUAUUGUAAACCCGAAAGAACAUUUCGAUGUAUUCAUAAAUGAAAUGUUCAUGUUUAAUGCACAUUUCCUGGCAUUUAAAGAACAUUUCAACUGUCCUGUAAUUGCUCUUACGUCAAUAGAUCAAACUUUGAAUGGGCAGUAUGCAAUUGGAAUGCCCCCUCAUCCUAACUAUUAUGCAGGUGUCAAUGUAAUAGGCGGUCCAAAUUUGAAUAUUUGGGAAAGACUGCAUCUUUUAUGGCAUCAUAUUGACUUUAACAUGUAUUAUUUCUGGGACUUUCUUCCGCUGGCGAAUAAAUUAAUGGCAAAACAUUUUAAUAUAAAGACAAAAGAUGCUUGGGAAUUAGAAAAAUCUAUGGACUUAAUAUUAACAAAUUCAAAUCCAGUGUUUAAUAUUCCCAGGCCAAUCGUUCCAAAUUUUAUUCAAAUAGGUGGUGUAUAUGAUCGAGAACGAAAGCCACUUCCACAGGAUCUAAAAGAAUACUUGGAUAGUUCUAAAAAUGGUGUUAUAUAUAUUAGUUUAGGUUCCAAUCUUAAAAGUGCCAAUUUACCAAGCAAUGUCAGGGAAAAUAUGUUAAAUGCUUUCAAACUACUACCUUACAACAUUAUAUGGAAAUGGGAAACCGAAUCUUUACCUGGAAAACCCAAAAAUGUGUUACUAAAAAAAUGGUUACCCCAACCAGAUCUUUUAAAUCAUCCAAAUUUGAAAGCGUUUGUAACUCACGGAGGUCUACAUUCAUUGGAAGAAGCUAUCAACAGUAAAGUUCCCAUUAUAGGAAUUCCAUUCGGCGCAGAUCAAGAAUUUAAUAUUCAUAGGGCACAAGAUCUUGGAAUUGGAAAAGAACUACACUUAGAGUGUUUAACAACUGACUUAUUGGUUAAAACUCUAACGGAAGUUAUUACAAAUCCAAAUUAUAAAAAGAAUAUAACAAAAUUAUCGGAAAUAUAUGGAGAUCAAAUAACCAAACCACUGGAUCGUGCUAUUUGGUGGAUUGAAUACGUAAUUAGACAUAAAGGUGCUCAACAUUUACGGUCUCCGGCAGCUGAUUUAUCGUGGUAUAAGUUUUAUUUAUUGGAUAUACUUGGAUUUAUUGCCGGAAUUGUUAUUCUAUCAAUUACAGUAUUGAUUUUUGUAGUUAAAUUUAUAUUAAGAAUAGCAUCUUUAAAAAAAUUAAAAGAUAAAACAGAAUGAAGUCAUUAAUAGUGACAUUGUAUUAUAUCAAAAGUGUUAUGUGUGCCGUGAAGUAUUUAGUGAGGAAAUUAUCAGUUUGAUAAGCAACUUGUACUAGUCAUAUCUUUAACCUUGGAGUU